CUGACUCCUGUCCUGUUUCCUGUUCCAGCCGAAGCAGGUGACCUGUUACCUCCUGUUCUCCAUGUCCACUGCCGUCAUCGGAUCGCUGCAGUUUGGAUACAACACCGGAGUCAUCAACGCUCCGGAGCAGAAACUGCGUUCGUUCUUCAACGACACCUGGAUGGAACGCUAUGGGAAGCCCAUCAGUGCGGGCGUGUGCACCGUGGUCUGGAGUAUUUCCGUGGCCAUCUUCAGCGUGGGGGGCAUGGUGGGCUCCUUCAGUGUGGGCGUCAUGGCCAACAGGUUUGGCAGGCGUCGCUCCAUGUUCCUGGUCAACUCCCUGGCGGUCAUUGGGGGCCUCCUCAUGGGCUUCUCCACUCUCUGCUCCUCCUAUGAGAUGGUCAUCGCUGGUCGUCUGGUCAUCGGUCUGUUCUGCGGCCUCUUCACCGGUCUGACCCCCAUGUACGUGGGGGAGGUGUCGCCCACCCCCCUCCGAGGAGCCUUCGGCACGCUGCACCAGCUGGGCGUGGUGGUGGGCAUCCUGAUCGCUCAGAUCUUCGGUCUGGAGGCGCUGCUGGGGUCGUCCAAGCUGUGGCCCCUCCUCCUGGCCCUGACCGUGGCCCCCGCCGUCCUGCAGUGCAUCCUGCUGCCCUUCUGCCCAGAGAGCCCCCGCUUCCUGCUCAUCAACCUGAAACAGGAGGAGCAGGCACGGAAAGCUCUGGUUCGUCUUCGUGGCACUGAGGACGUGAGUAAAGAUCUGCAGGAGAUGAAGGAGGAGAGCGCUAAGAUGGCGCUGGAGAAGAAGGUGACCAUCCUGGAGCUGUUCCGCUCGGCAUCGUACCGACAGCCUCUGCUCAUCGCUGUCAUGCUGCAGCUGUCCCAGCAGCUGUCUGGGAUCAACGCCGUCUUCUACUACUCCACCGGUAUCUUCGACUCGGCCGGUGUCAAACAGCCCAUCUACGCCACCAUCGGCGCCGGCAUCGUCAACACCGUCUUCACCGUUGUCUCCCUCUUCCUGGUGGAGAAGGCGGGCCGUCGGACGCUCCACCUCCUGGGUCUGGCUGGGAUGGCCGUCAGCGCCGUGCUCAUGACCGUCAGCCUCCUGUUGAAGUCCGUUGCUGCCAUGAGUUACGUUGCCAUCAUGGCGGUCAUGAUGUUCGUGGCCAUGUUUGAGUUGGGUCCUGGUCCAAUCCCAUGGUUCAUAGUGGCGGAGCUCUUUUCCCAGGGUCCUCGGCCGGCGGCCAUGGCGGUGGCGGGCUGCUGUAACUGGACCGCCAACUUCCUGGUGGGGAUGAGCUUCCCCAAACUGGAGGAACUGUGCGGUCCGUGGGUCUUCCUCAUCUUCACCGCCUUCCUCCUCAUCUUCUUCAUCUUCACUUUCCUCAAAGUCCCGGAGACGAAGGGGAAGACGUUUGACGAGAUCGCCCGUAGUUUCGGUGCCGCCCAACCUCCCGCCUCCUCGUCGGCCGAGGACGCCGACGCCGGCGCCAGCAGCGCCGCCGUCACACUUCCCGCCUCGCCCGUCAAGGAGAAGGUCCCGUUGGUGGAGGCGUCGGCCGCGCCCCCGCCCACAGCCCCGCCCACGGCCUCUGAGAGCACACCCCUGGAGGACAAAUCCAACUCGACGGUCCAGGAGAGUGUGUAGGCGGGGUCAAAGGUCACUGAGGUUCAGGCUCCGCCCAGUCUGUCAGAGACAGGACGGCGUCUUCAGGUUCUCUGCUCCUCCUUGUUUCCUC